AUGAGAACUAGCAACAAAUUCAUCCGUCCGGAACUUUUUAAUAUUGAGCAAGGUGUGUGCACAAAUUGCCAAUUGGAUUGUUAUAAACUUGUUGUGCACAUAAGACCUUUGUCCUUGGAAAGACGACGUGAGUACAUUGAAAAAUCAGCACCAAAUAUUGUAAAGCGGAGGAAGAUGCUUAAGAAGCUUGCCAAAGAUCCAAGUGAAGGAAAUGCAUGGCAUGCUGAUCACAUUGUUCCAGUAUAUAAAGGCGGAGGUGAAUGCAAACUUGAGAAUUUGAGAACUCUUUGUGUGGCCUGCCAUCACAAUGUUACUGCUGAACAAUGCGCUGAACGACGCAUUAUAAGAGCAGAUGUCCGGAAACAACUAAAAGCAUUGAUGGAUACCAUGAAAAAUAGUAUGAAGGGUGCUGCUGGCACUAAUAUUGAGAAACAAGAAAAUAUGCAUGAGGAUGAUAUUUUAGUCCAGGUUCCUGGAAGUGCCUAUGCGGUAGCAAAUUGUCAAGAAAGCAGAGAUGCAGCCUGUUAA